AUGUGUAUGCGUGCUAGUGCUUGUAAUGCAAAGUAUUUGCUCUUGGUUUUACUUGUUUGGAGCACUCUUUGUGCUUUGAUGAGUGGUAUUUGUUAUGGGAGGAAUAUAGAUGGUAGUAGUUUUUCUGAUCCUAAUCAUUGGAAUCCUGGUGGUGAUAGUGAUGAUGAUUAUUGUUUAUAUAGAAGUUGGAGGGGAUGUGGGAGUUUCAAUGGGAGAGGUGGUAGAAGUUCUAAAAGUGAAGAUGGUACUGGAGGUGGAGGUGGAGGUGGAGGAGGAGGUGGUGGUGGUGGUGGCAUUGGUGAGGGCUCAGGACAUGGUGAGGGUUAUGGUGCAGGUGAGGGAAAUAAUGGAGAUGGUGCAAUGAGUGGUGGAGGAGGGCGAGGAGGAGGAGGAGGAGGAGGAGGAGAAGGUGAUGGAAAUGGUGAGGGAUAUGGUCAUGGUAGUGGUUUUGGUGUUGGGGUGGGGUUUGGAAAUAUUGGGAAAGGAGGCGGUGGUGGAGGAGGUGGUGGUUUUGGUAAUGGUAUAGGUAGUGGAAGGGUAGGUCGGGGUAGUGGUUUUGGAGUGGGUGGGGGUAAUGGAGGACGUGGUGGUGGGGGAGGAGGAGGGAGUGGUGGUGGAAGUAGCUAUGGAGGAGGACAAGGUCAGGGAAGUGGUUUUGGAGGAGGUGGAGGAAUGAGUGGCUUAGAAGGAGGUGGAGGAGGAGAAGGAGGCGGUGGUGGUGGUGGUGGAGGUAAUGGAGAAGGAGGUGGACGUGGUCAUGGCAGUGGUUUUGGUAUGAGUGUAGGUACAGGAACUGUUGGCAUGGGAGGGGGAGGAGGUGGAGGCUGGGGUGAAGGAGGUGGCAAUGGAGGUCAAGGUUUUGGUAGUGGUUUUGGUGCAGGCAUGGGUGGUACGGGAGGAGGAAUGGGUGGUGGAGGUGGAGGUGGAGAAGGUAGUAGUGGAGGGAAAGGUGAAGGUCACGGAAGCGGUUUUGGGGGAGGGUAUGGCUAUGGUAGUGGCUUUGGUGGUGGUAUGAAUACAAGUGGAAGUGAUACUGAUACCACCCAAAGUGAGGGAAAUAACCAUGGUGCUAACAGUGACAUGGGAAUGGGUUUUGGCAUGGGCAUGGGUUUCGGUUUUGGAAUGGGGAGCAAUGGAGUAGGUGUAACUUCUCAUGUUGAUCCCAAGGUUCCUUAG